ACUGGCUUGGCUUCAGGAGCAGAUGCUGCAGGUGCUGCAGCAGAAGCACUGGCUGAGGCAGAAGCGGCCACUACUUUAGCUGCUGGUGCAGAUUUCGCUACGCUCGCUGCGGCAGCGGCUGUUGCUGGCUUGGAAGCAGCAGUAGCAGAUGCGGAAGCUGGUGUCUGUGCAAAGGCGCUACCCAUAACAACUGUGGAAGCGAUGAUGGCGGUGAUCAGUUUGUUCAUGAUAUUCCCUCUUUAUGUUUGGGUUGGCUUGCUUGGUUUUUCAUUUCGUAGUGUUGCUACGUAA